AAAAGGAAGAGAUCUGUGUGUUGGCGCAGUAGCAGCUUAAACUGAGACCAGUUUUCUAUGAGGAACUUUAUCUGCAUUAUUUAAGACACUUUUUUCUUUUAAAUCUCUGAUUUAACAUUUUUUAAAGCGAUGGGAACAUUUUUGAUCUUUCUUUUCUGCAGCUUUGCUGGUAAGUCAAAUCGAUUGAAUACACAAUAUGAUCUAAAAUACUCAUUAAUUACUGAAAACUACUCAUCACUUCAUGAGGAUGAACUUACCCUCUGUUUAGAAUAUCAGCAUUUCUACAUGUUUGUCCACUGAAGCUUGAUUAAUGUACUUACUAUCGCUUUAACCCAUUUUUUUACACAAUGUUCAGCUUCAGUGAACCAUGUCUCCUGUCAAAACAGGUGGCGAUGGUAUCAUGUUUCAUGUUUUUGCUUCACUGUGGUUAGUUAUGAUGUACAGUCUCACUUUAAAACAGUUGAAAUGUCAGUGAAAACUGAAUUUGAUGUUUUGUAAAUCAUUUCAAUAGGAAGUAAGGCACUGAGAACAUCAACCAUUAGAACUGAAACAUUUUCUUGUCUUGUAAAAAUUAAUUUCUUGUAAUAAAUUUGAUGCCAACAACAUGUUUCAAAAACAUAGUGAUGGGUAAUCUUUUGGGAAUCUACAGUUUUUGAGGUGAAAUGUCCCUUUUUUGCCUGAUACAGGAUUUUAGCUUGCCAACAGUUAAAGGUCACCCUGGUCAUAUUUUUGGUUUCAUUAUGGGCCAAUGAUUAUAAUUUCAGUAGGUAUCAGGGAUUUAGGUGGGUUAGUUCUACUACAAGAGUGUUCAAAACAUGUUGUAGAACAUGCAGAUUAUUAUUCAGCAUUGACUUGUUGAAAUAUGCAAGAUGUUUCCUGAUGGCACCUGUCCGCUUAAAUCUGCUCUUCGUAACUCUUGGUCUGUGUUGACACUGGUGCCCCUUGUGGAUAAAGUGAUACCUUUUCUCUCAUGUCCUGUGCAUGUGAAAGUAAUGUUUACAAAAAAGAGUGAACUAAAUCAGCCUGUGAGCAAUUACUGUAAAAAAAAAAAAAAAAGUCCAAAUAUGUUGUUUCUUGGCUUGAUGUAACUCAUCUGGUCUGACUCCUGACCCCUAAUAGAGGUUUUAAGCAUGAAAAGUUGUUACAGUGGAGUUAUCAGCUUUCAUGCUGAUGGUCUCAAUUAAUUCUGAAGGUCAUAAAGAGGCAUCACUAACCAUUUCAGUCUGUUUCUCAACCAAGUAAAAACUCCUCAUAGUGCCUUUGAGAACAAAGAUUACAGCAUACAUCUCAGUCCAGCUUCAAUGGGCUGGGCAGGUUUGGUCAUAUUGUUUCACCUUUGAAGCUGUAUGUAUGUGUUUACAUGGGUAAUUGUAGUAUGUUAUUUUCCUUGUAUGUUAUGAUAAAAUUAUCUGACAAUAUUCAAUGACUGCUCCUCCGUCCACAGUGGUGAUCGCUGAAGCUGAUGUGACUUUGAUGGCAGACAUGCCCUUUUUGAGCGUGCAGCUCAAACAUCCUGGUAUCCUGAAAUGCUGCUACGAAAGCAGUAAGGAGCCAGAGUUUUUCCGGUGGUACAAAAGUUUUCGAAGCGGCAACAAAACCAUUGAUGAUGAGAAAAUCACAGACUCGGUGACUCAAGAAAUUUUAACGGUAACACGUUAUUGUGGCGUCCUAACCUUUGACUCAGUCCAGGUGAACAACUCAGGCUUCUAUCGGUGUUGGCUGAAUACGAGUAGAAUCUAUACACAUGGUACCUACCUGCAUGUCUACAGUAAGUGUUUCUGUCUGUGUGUGUUUGUGUGUGUGCAGUACUAGGGGAGCCUUGUCUGCAAUGCAAAAUGGUACAAAAGCCUAGUAUGUAGUAUGUUUAUUAGAGGAAUGUUGUCUAGUGAGCUCUAAGCACUGCUUACAUCUCGUAAGCCAUAAAUCCUGUUAACUGUCAUCUAGCUGAGCUGAACGAGAGACAGCUGCCUCACAUAUGUCCGCUUUUUUAAUCUUUACAUCGUCAGAACGGACUCAUCACAGUCUGCUGCUCUUUCAUUCGCUUUAAAUAGACACAAUAUUCAGUCAAGUUGCAGCCAAGCUUGUGGAGGAGCUGUGUUUUUUUAUACUGUAAUGUCUUGUUGCAUCAUAAUCUUAAUUAAGUACAGAUGGCAGAAAUGUAAAACAACCAUUAACUCCCCCCGGAUUACAUUUCUGAUAGGCUGCAAUAUAAUAAAAGAACACUACUACCCUUACAUUUUGAGCUGAACAGCUUUCUUCAUGUUAAAUAGCGCAGUUACAUACUCAAUUUUAUAAUUAAGGACUGGGUAAGAUUAUUUAGUAAUUAUUUUGUAACCCUACUCUUUUUUUACUCUCUAGUCUCUUAUGUGCAGGAAACUCUAACUCUGCUUUGUUCUUCCUUUUCCUCCAAAUGUCCAGAGCCGCUGGAGAAGACCAUUAACCUCAGAGAGAGCACCAAAAAUAAAAUCCUCACGGCUGAGGGAGUGUUGCUGUUCCUGUCUGUGAUUCUGCCUGCUGCCACUCUGCUCUGCAAGGUCAGAUUUAUACCUCAUGAUGACCAUCUGGACAUUAACACACACUAUCUCUCAGCCACACCUAAGCCCGAGCACCAAUGUUAAGACAUGGUUAAUUUCCAGAAUGUCUCAAUAGUGGCACUGCUGUAUCCCUAACGUCAACACAGCAGGAAUUACAGAAGUCUAUAAGCCUUCCCUUCUCUGUUCAGUUACAGGUGUUUCGUUCUCCUUUUUUUCUAUUUUGAAGCUUAAUUCACUUCUGUUUUUCCUUCACAGUCAAAAAGACUACAUGAACUGGAGAAAAAGAAAGUGAAGAAAGAGGAAGAGAACAUAUAUCAGGUGAACUUUGAAAAAAUAAGUCACAUUCCCUCUGAGUCAAACACACAUGAUCACAUGUUUCAGAAGAGAGGAAGCGAGAUAUGUAUGAACAUAUUGUUCAGCUUAUGUCUGAAUAUGUGAUUUUUUUUGUGUGUGCUGACCUAGUUUCUCUUUUGCUUAUCUCACACACCAUAGGGACUAAAUCUGGAUGAUUGUUGCACCACAUAUGAUAAGAUUGAGCGCUCCAUGACACAAUGCCCGUAUGAGGAUGUGUGCAACAUUAUCGAAGAGGAAGAGGAGAUCCAGUUGGAGAAGCCUUAGAGGAGCGGGUGGAAAAAGAAGAGAAAAACAUGUAUUUUGAUGGUUGGGUUUAAGAGUGUGCUUUGAAAUAUCAGGUCUUUUCUUUAAUAUCAAUAUUAGCUUAACUUUUCUUCACAAAUCAUAACUUGGAAUCAUGUACAUAGCAUUAUAGCACUUCAAGAUAUGAAAGGUGAAAGGCCCUUUGCUCCAUGUACUUUCACAAGAAGUCUUUUUUUUAAUAUCUGCACAUUACCUGCUGUGUUUAAAAAUGCAUUUAACAUUUUCCCUUUUUUCUUGACACACAAUAAUCAAAUGUUUCUGUCUUUUUUGGCAAUUGCAAAUAUAAAUGGGGAUUUAUCUAAAUGUAGACUGCACAAACUCUAAAAAAAGGUAAAAGAAAAGAAAAGAAAGGCAGGGUAAAGGUUGUUCUGAGCCUUUAAUUCUCCACAGCAAACUGAGCUGCCUUACAGCUGUGGUAUUUGGCCGAAAUCCAACUUUAGGACAGUUAUGAACAAUAACUCCCCAGAACGUUAAGAAACAUUAAAAAAGCAACAUUUCUUUACAACCAGGCGACGUGAUUUACUUAUAAAAACUGUGUUUGUGUGUUUUCACCCUCUUGAAAGUGUGUUGAAAUACAUAUUUUAAUUUAACAUUUUUGCUUUUUUACACAAUAAUUUUAUGGUUUGUUACAAUUUUGUUGCUCGUGCUUACAAAAUAAACCUUUGUUGGAAAAAUGUUAAAAAUGUUAGAAAAAAUAUCAAUAUUAGCUUAACUUUUCUUUACAUAUAACUUGGAAUCAUGUAAAUAGCAUUACAGCACUUAAUGGAAAGAGGCUGGGGAAAGAUCUGGAAAGUGAAAGGCCCUUCGCUCCAUGUACUUUCACAAGGAGUCUUUUUUAAUAUCUGCACAUUACCUGCUGUGUUUAAAAAAAUGCAUGGGAAUCAGAUAUUACAUUUGACCUUUUUUCUUGACACACAAUAAUCAAAUGUUUCUGUCAUUUUUGUCAAUUGCAAACAUAAAUGGGAACUUAUCUAAAGGAAGACUAUUCAAACUCUAAAAAAUAAAAAGAAGAAAAGAAAAAAGAAAAGUGGGGUAAAGGUUGUUCUGAGAGUUUAAUUCUCCACAGCAAACUGAGCUGCCUUACAGCUGUGAUAUUUGGCUGAAAUCCAACUUUAGGGCAGUUAUGUACAAUAACAUUCAAAAAUCAAAAUUUCAUUCUCUUAUUGUGUUUUUUUUUCUUUAACAUUUUUUAAUUUCAUUUGCUUGUUUUUUACCUUAUUAUUUUCCUUAUUUGUGUAUUUGUUGUAUUUCUGUACUGUUUACAUGUCGUUAUGUGAUUCAUAGAACUGCUCACCUUUGAGUCGAGUGGAAAUGUGGGAGGGAUAAAAUAAACUGGGGAAAGGGAUGGAAGUCUUCCCGUCACGUUGUACUGACAUGUUGCUGUAUGUGUGAUUGCUUCCAAUUAAGAAAGUUAUAAAAAACGCAAAAUUUCUUGACAAUCAGGCGACGUGAUUUACUGAUAUAUGUAUAUAUGAUGUGUGUUUGUAUGUUUUCACCCUCUUCAAAGUGUGUUAAAAUGCAUAUUUUAGUUGAACAUUUUUGCUUUUUUACACAACAAUUUUAUGGUUUGUUACAAUUUUGUUUCUCGUGCUUACAAAAUAAACCUUUGUUGAAAAAAAAAAAAAAACUUAAACCUUUCAAA